UGCAAACAUCUUCAGUGAUCGUCGGCAAUUCAAGUAGUAAAGGGAAAAAAAAUGAAUCAAACCCAUUUCUUCCCGAUUAUUUAAAAGAUUCUUUACUAGAUAGAUAUAAUAAAGAAUUAAAAUAUCCGAUUCCAAUACCUACUUGUUGGAAUGUAAAUGAUUGUUCUUCAGACCUGAAAAUUGAUGAUAAUCUGCUUUCGGUUAGAUAUAAGGGGAACAGGAAGGCUGCAGCAGUUAGAGCAAAUUAUUAUAUUCCAGAAGAAACUGGAAUUUAUUAUUUUGAAGUUGAUGUUUUAGAUGGUGGAAAUGGCGAUUUAAUAUCGAUUGGCGUUGCAACACCAUAUCUUGGUCUUAGAAGACACGUAGGAUGGGAUCCAGGUUCGAGAGGGUAUCACGGUGAUGAUGGACUGAAAUUUCUCGAACAGGGAUUUGGAUUCGAAUACGGACCAACCUAUACUACGGGAGAUACAAUCGGUUGUUGCAUAAAUUUUUUUUCUAGGUCGAUUUUUUUUACUAAAAAUGGUGUCAGUUUAGGAUAUGCCUGUUCAUUCUUCAAAUUUGAAAGGUUAUAUCCAGCUGUAGGAAUGAGAAGCAAGCAUGCUUGGGUGGAAGCAAAUUUUGGGAAUAAGCCUUUCAAAUUUGAUAUCAACUUAUACACCAAAACCAUUACUUCAGUGGAAGACUACUUCAGCGGAAGACUUAGAGUUUCAUAA